UGAUAAUUAGACUGUUUAAAAAGCCUUUUACUACCGUAAUGUUUUACAGGAGCCCUAUUACGUAUUUUCUAAAGACGCGUGUCCUUCCUUUUGUUUGUACACAAACACACACAACAGUCAGAAUCCUCUCAGUAUGUUAAUCAAAGUCAACUAAACAUACAACUCAGCCCGGUGUUUGUAAAUCUUGAAUUACUAUCUCAUAACAUGGCAUAGGGUCUAGGUACUGUUCUUCGAGACCUCUCCCCCUGACUCUUUCCACAUCAACGGAGAACCCUUUUUAGUAUGUUCUAAAUUGUUCUAUAUACCGCUAAUGUUUUCAUUAUAAACGCUCCAAAGUUCUUAAGUCGUAGUAGAGCGUUUCUCGGUGUCCCCCACUUCAGGACAUUGAAAUCCAGUUUACUGGCGGUUCUUUGACGCACUUUUUCUUUUGGUAACACCUUUCUUCGCCGCUUUUCCGCAUGCUCUUUUGAAGAACCCAUCUUGUCGUGAUCGAGAGCGUUCGUAAAUCACUUCCUCCUUUUCGUGCGUUUUAUGUUUAUUUUCUUUUUCCUUUAACUCCUUUGCGGUGUUUCUGAAUUAUCCAACUUGUUUUCAUACACAAUGUAUUUAACUUUUGGUUGAAGUUUCGCUUCUUGCAAGUACUCGGUAGAAUCUAGCGAAUGCACAUCGGCAAGAUGAUUCGAUAAUCGAACAAGAUACUUGGCACCACAUCCCGGAAUCGGGCAAUCACGGCAGACACGCGUAUAGACCAUGUUCACUGCUCGACGUCUUAGCUCAAAUGAUUCAAGUCUUUAAAGUAAUCGCUUGAUAUAGAAGGUCCAGAAAGGCUAUAAAACAGGACAAGAAGGGCAAAACGAGGUCGAUCAAGCCAAAAACCAGGCCAAAAGUGCGGAGCAGGAUAGUCAGGCUAUUUCGCUGCCUCAGCCGUUUAUUUUAUUGUCUACAUGCCCAGACUUGUUUGACGACGUCACAAUACCUUUUUCGGCUUCAACCAAUGGUGAAGCCGGUAUCACAAGAGCCUUUGUUCAGUGCGGGUAUAAAUAGAGUCCUCGGUUCUGAUCCGCACAGUGUGUAGAAGUUCUCGUCGGAUCCCUUCAAGGAAGCUCAGAGACUUCAAGAUGACCUUCGUCUGCGACACCUGCAGCAAGGAGUUCACCCAAGAGACGAAUUUAGUUCGUCACAAGAAAGCUAUCCAUGGAAAUCGAGCAUUUGUUUGUGAGCGAUGUCAGAAAUCAUUCAAUCGGAAAGAUAUAUUAAAGCGGCACGAGAAAAAAACAUAGUUUUUGCAUUACGGUGGUUAACCCCAGUGAAUUAGAAGAACAAGUAAGCGAUGCGAACCUGAAGAUUUUGAACAACUGUGCUCAGUACCAAAGGGAAGGCAGCGGUUGGAUUAUUGAUGAAAUUCUACAUCUUGAUUUGAAUGUGGCUUGUAAAGACAAACCCCUCAAAGGCUCUAGUUAUCUCCCGUUACCCAAGAAAUUAAAAAACAGAAAAGUGGAGGUGAAUAUCAAAAACAAUGAUAACAAGUGCUUCAUGUGGAGUGUUCUAGCGGCUCUACAUCCUGUGGAACGGCAUUCCGAACGAGUACAGCAGUACACACCCUAUGCGAACGAACUUAACUUAAUUGAAUUCCCCACAGGGAAUUCGAUGCUGUCAAUGUGUUUGGAUACGAACAGGGGACUCCGUUUCCAGUACAUAUUAGCAAGGAACGAUUUUCCACUCACAUCAACCUGUUACUGUACUCCCACGGAGAGAGGCGGCACUACUGCCUUAUUCGGAAUCUGAACCGUUUUCUUUCCCGUCAAACCAAGCACAAGGGUCGGAUGUUCUACUGCCUCUACAUAUUAGCAAGAAACGAUUUUCCACUCACAUCAACCUGUUACUGUACUCCCACGGAGAGAGGCGGCACUACUGCCUUAUUCGGAAUCUGAACCGUUUUCUUUCCCGUCAAACCAAGCACAAGGGUCGGAUGUUCUACUGCCUCUACAUAUUAGCAAGAAACGAUUUUCCACUCACAUCAACCUGUUACUGUACUCCCACGGAGAGAGGCGGCACUACUGCCUUAUUCGGAAUCUGAACCGUUUUCUUUCCCGUCAAACCAAGCACAAGGGUCGGAUGUUCUACUGCCCCUUCUGUCUUCACGGUUUCGUGCGUCAGGAUUUGUUGGAUGAUCAUCAACUACUAUGCAGUCAGCAUGGCGCCCAGAGAAUUGAGCUCCCAAAAGAAGAAAACAUGUUUCUAAGCUAUAAAGAUUAUCACAAGCAGUUACGAGUUCCCUUUACCAUCUACGCUGAUUUUGAGAAUCUGACGACAAAAAUACAGUCCACCGCUCAAGACCAAAACAAGUCUUCUACGGAAAAAUUCCAGCACCAUCAAGCUUGUGGAUACUCCUAUGUUGUGGUCUCGGAACGAGAGGACUAUUGCAAACCACCCGUAGUCUACCGAGGUGAAGAUGCGGUGGACAAAUUCCUAGUAUCCUUACAGCAAGAAGAAAAACAUAUCACAAAUCUGCUGCACCACAUCGAGCCCAUGAAUCUCACUCCUCAAGAGAAAGAGGCAUGUCAUCGGGCAUCCCAAUGUUACAUUUGCGGAGACGAACUGGGUGCUGACCGAGUCAGAGAUCAUUGCCAUGUGACAGGUGUGUUUAGAGGUCCUGCGCAUAACUCCUGCAACUUGAACUUCCAAUUCACCGGCCGCAUCCCUGUCGUGCACAAUCUGAGGGGCUCGGAAAGAUUAAAGACGCACCCAUCAACUGCAUUCCCAACAAUAUUGAGAAAUACAUAUCUUUCUCUCUGGGAAAACUGGACUUUAUCGACUCUCUGCAAUUCAUGAACGCGUCAUUAGACAGGCUGGUCUCUAAUCUGGCCAAGGAAGGGGACAACAAGUUCCAUGUUCUCAAGAAGUACAUUGCUGCAGACAAGGUCCCUUUGUUACUGAGAAAGGGGGUCUAUCCUUAUGACUAUAUGGAUAGUACGGAUAAGUUCCAGGAACUACAACUCCCUCCCAAAGAAACAUUUUAUAGUAAACUGAAAGAAGAACCAAUCAGCGACGAGGAUUAUGAACAUGCACAAAUAGUGUUCGCUGCCUUCCAACACCAGAACCUUGGAGACUUCCAUGAUUUAUAUCUUCUCUCCGAUGUGCUUCUCUUAGCCGAUGUCUUUGAAAACUUCCGGAGUUUCUGCCUCAGCUACUAUCAACUAGACCCCGCCCAUUUCUUCACCUCGCCUUCUUUAGCUUGGGCUGCCUGUCUUAAGAUGACCGGGGUGGAGUUGGAGCUACUGACAGACCCAGAUAUGUACUUGUUCGUGGAGGAGGGGGUACGAGGCGGGAUAUCGAUGAUCAGUAACCGAUAUGCGAAGGCUAACAAUCCAUACGUCCCUGGUUACCUGGCAUCCCUAGACACCUUUAUGGAUGGGCAAUGAGUCAGCCUCUCCUUACAAGCGACUUUGCUUGGCUAUCGGAACAGGGCAUACGCGAUUUUGAUGGGCGUGGCUGCUGAUAGUGAGAAGGGCUUCAUUCUAGAGGUAGAUCUCGAGUAUCCCAAAGAGCUCCAUGACCAGCACUCCGACUAUCCUCUGGCCCCUGAGAAGAUGAAGGUAUCUGCUGACAUGAUGUCCCCUUACUGUCAGCAGCUCAAUGAGGAGCUUCAUCUCGGCGGCGCACCUGUCCCUAAACUCGUCCCCAUUCUCCAGGACAAGUCGCGCUACAUACUCCACUAUCGCAACCUCAAUUUGUACCUCAACCUCGGCAUGAAGCUAACCAAGAUUUACCGUGUCUUAGGGUUCACACAGAACACCUUGCUAAAAGAAUAUAUCGAUUUUAAUACUGAAAAAAGGAAGCAAGCGGUAAACGACUUUGAGAAGGAUUUCUUUAAGUUGAUGAAUAAUGCAGUCUUCUGGAAGACUAUGUAAAACUUGCGCAAGCGGGUGAAUGUCAAACUAGUCACAGAGCAAAGAGAAACUGAUCAAGCUGAGUGCAUCUCCCUCUUAAGACUCUUUUCGCAUCUUCUCUGACGACCUCGCCGCCAUUAACAUGAAGAAAACCAAGCUCUACUUGAAUCGCCCGAUAUAUGUGGGAUUCUCCAUUCUUGACCUUUCGAAAGUACUGAUGUACGACUUUCAUCACAACCACAUGAUUGCGAGAUACGGGUCUUGCUGUAACCACUUGUUCACUGACACGGACAGCCUCUGCUACAGUGUCAAGACUACAGACAUCUACCGCGAUUUCCAGGAAGAUGAGGACUUUUCGGAGUACUCCACAGAUCACUUUCUGUACAGUGCUAGGAACAAGGUUCUCGGGAAGAUGAAGGAUGAGACCCAUGGUAUACCUAUCGAAGAAUUCGUGAGUCUGCGUCCGAAAAUGUACUCUGUCUUGUAUACAGAAAAUAGCAAGACAGUAGAAAAGAAGACCGCGAAAGGCAUUGCUAAACAUGUUACAAAGAAGAUGAUUCGCCACCAAGACUAUAAGACAUGUCUGUUUGAAAAACAAGCACAAAUGGCGCGGAUGAGUCAGAUUCGGAGUGAAAAUCAUCAGAUCUACACUGUUACCAUCAACAAAACUAGUUUAUCGCCCUAUGAUGACAAGCGCCACAUCCUGAACAAUGGUUGUGACACCUUAGCUUAUGGACAAUAUAGGAAGCUAGGAAGUAUAGAUUAAAUGCUAAUGUAUGAUAACCUUCCUUUUUUACACUUGUUUUCUAUAUCACCGUUGCAGAUUUUAAUACAUAUCAUAACCUAUACAUCUAUACACUAGGUAUCUAUAUACCGAUUACACCUAUGUAGUAUGCUUACAAUCGCAAAGUUUGUCAUAUAAAAUAACAUAAUCUUACGAAUUUUAUAGAAAAAUGUUAUUUAGUAAUUAUUACCCACGUUUCUAGUUUUGUAUAUAAUAUACUAGCUCAUGUGUAUACUCUAUAUAUCAUCGUAUAACCUGUAUAAUAGCGCUAUCUAUUUUAAAUAAAUAUAUCAAAGAGUAAA